AUGCGUGUCGAUGUGCAGCUGCUGCUGAUGACAACGGCAAUCCUCUCCUUCCGGAGCCCGUGCCUGUGCCGGCGGGCCCAGCUGCCCAGCUCUUUGAGGCGACACAUGAACCGUCUGGCCGAUCCCUGUACAGAUUUCUAUGAGUAUGCCUGCGGCAACUGGAUGUGGACGCACCAGGGUCGGCCGUACCGCAGUCUCCUCGAACAGCUGGACCAUGUGUACCACGGGAGGCUGGCCAAGCUGCUGGACCAGCCACCGCCCCAAGCAGCCAAGGAGCCCCGCUUUGUGCGAAUGCUGCGGGACUACUACGCCGCCUGCCGGACCCCACUCGAGGCGACGCCCUCGGCGGAGUUUCUGCUGAAGCUUUGCAGGAUGGCCGAGGUGGAUGGCAACGAGCUGGCCGUCGCCCUGACGGCUCUAUUCCAGACCGACGUCCUUCUAGAGAUAACCGACAGCAAUCUGGCCGCCGUUUGGGCGCAGCUUAUAUUACGGCCCUCGGCGGAGGGCGACCGAAACGCGAGCUUGCACCAGCCCUUGAGCCGGGAGCAGUUCGACCAGCUCUGGCGCAGGCUUCCCGCCCCCGAGGAGACCCCAGAUGAGGUGUGGCCAAAGGUGAAGGAACUGGAGGAGGCGAUCACCGCCAAGGUCGAAAAAGACGCUCUGGGUUGGCUACCGGAUACGACGACCGACAAUGCGGGUAUGCUGUUUCCGGUUCCGGCAUACUGGAUGCUGCCGUGGCCCACCUUCGAGACGGGCCUGUCCUACGUUACACAUCUGUCGCAAUACCUGGCCAGCCAGCCCCCUCGCUUCCUCCUUCACUACCUGCUGCUUCGUUCGCUGCACCGUGAUGGCGAGCGGGCGCCUUGGAGCUUCACCCGCCUGGAGUGCGCUGCCCAGGGCCGCCUGUUCAUCACCCACGCCGCCGUCUGGCUGGUGGAGCAGCACCACCCCCGCCUGCAGGCCAAUGGCACGCUGCAGGGCCUGUUCGGAGAGCUGAAGCAGCGAUUUGGCCUGAAGCUGAAGGCCAAUCGCAACAAGUUCUCGGCGGCCACACAGCGCUUCUUGCUCGAGAAGCUGGAGAGGAUGAGCCUGCGGCUGAGUAUCCUUCCAAGCGCGGAGGCCGUGGAGUCUGUGGAGGAGCGCGUGGAGCAGCACUACAAGCAGCUCCGGAUCAACGCCACCGACUACUUUGGCAACCUGCUGGCCGUGAUGGAGCACUCCCGGGGGCAGGAGGAGAAUCCAGCGACCAAGUACGACCUGCACCCGGUCGAAGUGCACGGCUACGGGAGCUAUGCCUCGCCCUUUUUUAUGCCCAUGGGAAAUGCGCUGCUCGUGCCGCUCUCAUUGCUGGAGGCGCCGCUCUACCGGCCUGAGCAGCGCCAGGUACUCACCUACAGCUCCCUGGGCUUCAUCCUGGGGCACGAGCUCUCCCACGGCUUUGCGCCCGUCGAUGUACACUUCGAUGCCUUCGGUCAGCCCAACAGGUCCAAAAGCUUAUCAAUGCUCACGAGUCGGCGGUUCUUGUCCCAGGUAUUGUGCCUGCAUCGACGUCACGGCAUGUACAUCGCCGACGAGAAGUUCGCCGAUCUGAAUGGCCUCGAGCUGGCCUACGGUGCCUACUUCGAGGCGGGGGGCGGGCCUGGCCGGUGCACUCAAGCCCAGAAGCAGCUCUUCUUCUUCAACUUUGCCCAGUUCUUCUGCUCGGACGACAGGAACCUGGAGGACAGCGAGGAGCACGGCAGCGACAGGCAGCGCGUCAACGACGCCAUGGCCAGCUUUGAUCCCUUCCGUCAGGCCUAUGGCUGUAAGUCGGUGCGGCGUGGUUCAAGGACGCGCUGCCAGUUGUAUUAA